UUUGAACAUUUACUGGAUAUAGUUUACUUUAUAAUAAUUAUAAUAUUACAAUAAUUAUUAUUGUAAUUAAUUUGUACACUACCUAUCAUACCACACAAUUUAAAAUGAGUAAAACCCUAGUGUAUGAUACUUUAACAAUACCUGAUCCAUCAUUUUACGACGAACAAGUAAAGAUGUUUGGUUUUUGGUAUGGUAUGAGUAAUAUAUGUGUAUUCCCAACCAAAGUUUCUGGAACAUCUGCUUAUCAAAAGUCAUCUGGUGAUGCCCAGACUGAUCAUAAUAUUUUACAUUUAAAACAUACAACAAUGCUGUUUGAUCCCAAAGUACGACAACUGGUAAAUGAGUCUAGUGGAGUAUUUCAAGAAUUACAAACUAAUGUGGAAGACCCUAAUAAGUCAACUGAUGCUUUAUUCUACAGCAGAAAAUACAGAGCAAUUUUGUCAGCUUGUAUUUUGGCAAUUGAUCAACACAACUUGGAUAAAUCAAAUGAAACAUAUAACCAAUACAAAUUGUUGCUGCACAAUCUUGAACUUAUUUGGCAUUUAUGUGAAGUACUUUACCUUGUUACUGUUCCUGGUGAUACUAUUUUAAACAAUUUGUUAGAUUGGAUUAAGAUUCAUUAUGAAAAAGCUGAAAAUCAAGCAUCAAUGAUUAUAGAAGAUAAAACUGCUUAUUUUACUGAUGAACAUGUUGAAGAAAAAUUUCCAUUUUAUUGGGACGCAGUAUUUGGAUUAGUUUUACAAGGAAACACUGAUAUGGUCAGAAUGCUAUUGUGUAAUCACUCUCAAAGUGACACUGAAUCAUUUGUGCAAGCAAUGAAAAUAUUAAAGUCAAUGCCCACUUAUAGUGUGUAUGGUGGUUUACCAAUAGCAGAGUACAAUUCAAGAUUCAAAGGGUGGCAAUCAAGUGCAAAAAACAAAUUAGAUUGUGGAAUAUUUUUAUCAAAUUCAAAUCUUAAUGAUGUUAUGAAGAUUAUCUGUGGCGAACCAGAUUCAACAGAUUUGAUUCGCAAACAUUGUUCAACAUGGUUUGAAUUUUUAGUUGCUCAACUUAUAUAUACAGAACCAACUAUAAAAAAACAUAAUUUAAGUUUAAAUGCUCAUCGCAGUGUAGCUAAAUAUUAUGAUGAACCAGAGUAUUAUCAUAUGGAUUCACUUGCUUUAGACUUAUUUGACGGGGAUUUAGAAGCGUUUGUAAAAAAAUUAAAGUCAUAUCCGGAUUCUGGAUGGUCUUCUACUCAUUUAACUAAUUUAUUGCAUUUAUGCGAUAAAAUUGAACCAGAGUUUGAUAUGAUUGAUGCAGUAGAAAGUACAAAUCCAAAUGAACAAUAUCUUCUUGAUUAUGGAACAUUUCUUAUGUCGCAUCAUUCAUUAUGGCAAGCUGGUGUUACUUACUUAGAUCACUGUUCAGCUAUAGGUAAAGGAUAUCUUUCAAUAUUAUUGUCUAAAUUAGAAAUAUCAUCAGAUUUGAGAAUAUCAAAAAUUUUGCAUUAUGCUACAGCUAGACGCUUACACAAUGUUGUUUCUAGCAUUUGCAAGGUAAAAGGAAUGUUGAGCUUACAGAAAUCAAGAAUAGGCGAAGCUUUAUGUUGGGCAAUAAGAGGGCAAGACAGUGCUUUUGCCACAUAUUUGGGUGAUAUGCUAUUAAAAGAGUAUUCAAAGGGUGGACAAUUUAUUUGCCCUGAUAUACUAGACAAUUUAGGAUCAAUUGUUGUUACUUGUGAUCGUUUUAUGUUUAUAGGAAAAUACUUACAAUUAAUUAAACUAGCUAAAGAUGAAAAACUUAGUGAAGCUGCAUCAUUGUAUAUAGAAAUUUUGAGAUCUAAUAUUUGUCCAAAGUAUUUCAGACUCCGACUAUUGUUAGA